UUGUUGCCCCCUGGUGGACACAACACAGAACGUUUCCCCUAAGUCACGUGACUUCUGGUAAAAGGAGAGCCUGCAGUGAGAUAGCUGAGCCCGGACCGCAGAGUACAGACUCACAGUGCAAACAGUCUGCGGACAUCGCGAAGGAAACGCAACCGAGUUCCGCUAGUUUUUUUAAGAGCCAUGGCAGCAGGGAGAAUGCGCUCAACUCGCAGACUGCGCACCUGGAUCAUCGAACAGGUCAACAGCGGGAAAUAUCCAGGUCUGGUGUGGGAUGACGAGGCCAAAACCAUGUUCCGCAUCCCGUGGAAACACGCAGGGAAACAGGACUUCCGUAAAGAUGAGGAUGCCGCCAUUUUCAAGGCGUGGGCAGAGUUCAAAGGUAAGCUGACAGAUGGGGGUCAAGACAACCCAGCGUCCUGGAAGACCCGUCUGCGCUGCGCCCUCAACAAGAGUACGGAGUUUAUGGAGGUGAUGGACCGAGCCCAGCUGGACAUCUCGGAGCCCUACAAGGUCUACCGCCUGGUCCCCCUCAACGAGCAAGGUUUGGUGGUUCCUGAAAAGAAAUGCAGAGUGAAAGCCAAUAAGAGACCGAAGACCAGGAGGAGCAGUGAGUCGGAGAGCAGCUGUGCCAGUCCAGUGAAACGGAUAAAGACUGAGGAGGUCUCAUCACAGCUGGUGGAUAAGAACGCCUCUCAGUGUAUCGAAGAGGAUCUGCUGCAGAGCGACAUCGCCGUCCUGACAGAAGAGCCAGCUCAGUGCUCCGCAGCCAUACAGAGCGACAUGGUUGAUGAGAUCACGUUGGAUGUGCGGAUCGAGGAGAGCGUCCCUGCUCCAACUGAAGUCCAGGACUCCUUCAGUGUGGUCGUUCAUUACUUAGGACAGGAGGUUCUCAAGCGUCACAUCCAGGGCACUGAUGUCAGGAUAACGUACCUUCCCUCCUCCCUGGUUCCUCCAACUCCGGCCGCCCUGAAAGGCAGGUUUCCACGCAUCCCGCUGCCGGACCCGCCCUCCACGCUGCCGGCCAGCCAGGAGCUGCAGGCCCUGUUCACACUGCUGCCCUUCAUGGAGAAAGGGGUGGUGCUGACCUCCACAUCGCAGGGAGUUUACGGCAAACGGUUCUGCCAGGGACGGGUCUUCUGGACGGGGCCGCACACGACCACACCGGGGCUGCACAAGAUGGAGAGGAACACAGAACCGGUGCUGCUUUUCAGCAAAGACGUCUUCAAACAAGAACUGGAUCAGUUCCGUUCAAACGGCGGCGAGCCUCCUCAGUGUGGCGUCACGCUGUGCUUCGGUGAAGAGCUGAAUAACACCGAAGACCCAUCUGGAAAACUCAUUAUUGUUCAGAUCACUUUUCCAUGGGCAGAGCAGCAAGUCCAGAACGCUCAGUCCAUCUUUGAGUCCAUCACCAUCCUCCAGUCUCUGGCAAGUCAGUCUCCACUGGGAGAAAUAACUCUAAACCUGGUCACUGUAUCCUCACCGACCGCUGAGACCAUCACCUGUGGGUCCACCUGAGGCACUCUGUCUAGUGUGGGGGGGCACUUAGAACACACUUGUACAAAAUAAGAGCAUACAGGACUGAGUUAUAUGUUGAUGUGUUUUUCACAUUCAAGUACUGCAUCUGAUACACAGAUGAUGUAACAGACAUCAACAUAAGAGCCUGUAGUUCAUGUGGUAAUAUCAGCAUUAAAGCACUUCUGCUAAAAUGAUUUAAAUAUCAAAUAACGAACUGAAAUAUUGGACCUUUUUUCAAGGCCAGAAAAUUGAUACUGAGCUUUUUGGGAUGCACUUGGAGAGAUUAGUUUGUGUACUGGAAACACUAAAUGUAAACCGAACUGCAGCAAUUAGUUUGCCGUCAAACUUAAUGUGCAACUAGUCUGAUACUCAGUUAUCUAUUUUCAUCUUCAUCAUUUUUUUAUCCUACAUAAAAAGCCAUAACAAUCUCUGCUUUCAGCUUCAGUCUGCACUUUCUCCUCAUCACGCCUGACAGAAAAUUUAGUAUCUGCAUGGUUAGUCAGAAAAAAUUAAACAGAGAAAUUAAUGCUAUUUUCACUAAGUUUCACACUUUUGUUUUUUUCCACAUUUCACAGAAUGAUUACUUGAUUGUUCCAGUUGCAGUUCUAGUUGCCGUUCUUUGUUCUUGAAUUCUAGAAAUGCAACAGUUUUGUGAUCUGUGAAAACACAUCUGUUUUCCUCUGUGCCGGUGCUUCCCAACCUCGAGAAAAGUUACAUGCUUCCCAAAGGUAGUAACUCAUCUUAACAAUUUUGUUUGUUGAAUGUUAAUGUUUAAUGUUAUGAAUAAAAUGGAACCUUGUCCUUAGAGCUGUGGUUAGAAAAGAGUAGUAGCUGUAGUCACCAAAAAUGUAUCUUGCAACAAUUUGUACCACUUGUAUCACUUUUUAUUGUAAAGCCUGUUAAUGUACUCAAAUCCAACUCUGAAAAAGUCAUGUUAGGGUUUUGUUGUUAAACACAGACAUUGCUACGUUUACAAAUGUGUACCGACAGUCCUCUUGUGAUUGAUAAAAAGUUUGACACUUUUGAUUUGACUUGAGGUUUGACAUGGUACUUAAUCAGGAAGAAAUCCAACCUUCUCUCCUUUUCCAGUAUGAAGUAGGAAACAAAGAGUGCACCUAUCAUGGCUCAACAUGGACCAAGGGUUAGUGUUUUCAGAGUUGCACCAUAUCCUGACUCUGUUCAGACAUUUUAAAAGUUGUUUUGGAUGUGUAUGAAACACGCUAUAUUUCAAUAAAGAAGUCUGCCUGUAAAUACAAUCUGCUGGAGCUCAGAAUGUUUGGCUUUUGUUUAUCAGAUACAGCGUUCCAAAAGCGUUCCAAGAUGUUGACGGGUUUUAGACAUGACGUCUUGACAAAUGACAUAAUUGUUAUGGUUUGUUACUAAUGCAGGUUUUCAAGGCAAUAUUCAGAAGUACAAAGUGGCACGUAGCUGCUGCAUGAAUUUGGGGAGCAUCUGCUGCAAAAUACUGCAAAACAGAUACCGAAAAGGAUAUAAGAGUCCAUUUUAGAUGAUAAACGUCUGGAAUUCACAUGUGGAACUUUACUUUUUGGUGCCAAGUUUAACCCCCAAACAUAGCACCAAAAAACAUUGAAUAAAUCGCUAAAUU